AUGGAUGCAGAAAAUUCAAAGGGCCACCGCGUAAGUGCGCAAAAUCUCCACUAUCCGAGCACGGUCGUGUGUGUUAGGAGGUUCAGUCGUGUUCGGCCAACCGAGCAGAGUAAAUUGGACUACAAUAGCCGAAUCUCGUUUUCGCAAGGGCAAAAGGGUAAAAUGUCCCGUUACUUCACGUUGGAGUCGAUGUUUGUGCUCGUCUGCCUGACGGCGUCGCUGCUGAUACUGCCGCUGGUGCUGCCGCCACUGCCGCCGCCGCCUUUCAUGCUGCUUUUGGUGCCCAUUUGUAUAUUGGCAGUGCUGAUGAUGUUGGCUUUGAGGCCGGCUAAUGCAAGGGACGCGGCUUGCGCGGCCUAUGUGUAA